AUGUCAAACCCACUCGCCCACGCCAAGAUCGUUUUGCGCCGUUCUAGCGAACGCGGAUAUGCCGAGCACGGCGGAUGGCUUAAAACUUUCCACACUUUCAGCUUUGCCGGUUACUAUGACCACAAAUUUCAGAAUUUUGGCAGUCUUCGUGUCUUGAAUGAAGAUCGUGUUGCCGCUCGGAAUGGUUUCCCUACACACCCGCACCGCGAUGCCGAAAUCUUCAGUUAUAUCCUCAGUGGCGAACUCACCCAUCGAGAUAGCAUGAUCAAAAAAGGCGCCGAGGGGGAACAGGGCAAGCAAUUCUAUCGUAUGAAGCGAGGUGAUGUUCAAUUUACAACUGGUGGAAGUGGAAUUGCCCAUUCGGAGCAAAAUGAAUCCAACAAGCCAGUGCACUUCCUUCAGAUCUGGGCUCUACCCUGGAAAUAUGGGCUGAAGCCUCAAUAUCACACGAUGACUUUCAGUGAGGAAGCGAAGCGCAAAGCAUUUGUCCCAAUUUUGUCGCCUCUUGCAGCGGGCCCCGAGGCUACACCCGCAGAUGAAGAUGCGGCUGUUCCAAAAAUCCCGGGUACAAUUCCGAUCCACGCAGAUUUUGUCAUGGGCGCUGGUAUUAUUGAGCCAGCUUCCACAUUCAAGUGGAAUAUUGGUGCCGGUGACAUUGUUAGUUCCAAGAAGAAGCGCAAUGUUUAUAUCCAUCUGCCUAUGACCAAACAAGGCAAAUCAAAGGUCAAACUUGAUGGCCGCGAAGAUAUUGUUUUGGAAGAAGGAGAUGGCGCUUUCAUUACACAAGUCAAUGCAGGCGAUUCGCUUUUGGUGGAGAGUAUUGGUGAUGUGGAGGCAGAAGUCAUCGUUCUGGACAGCAACUAA